AUGGCGGGCAGGAAGGAUGUUUUUGUGGGGAUUAUCGGGAUGGGGAAUAUGGGGAGGUUGUACGCCAGGGUGAUUGCAGCGGAAGGUUGGAGCGUUAACGCUUGCGAUCGGGAAGACAAGUUCGAGAGCCUGAAGAAAGAGUUUGCUGGAAUUGAGAAUAUACAUGUCUAUGCAAAUGGCCGUUCAGUUUCCCGGAUUAGCGAUUAUAUCAUAUACGCUGUCGAAGCGGAGCUACUUGAUACGGUUGUUGCUGCUUAUGGACCUUCGACAAAACUAGGUGCUAUCGUCGGCGGCCAAACAUCAUGCAAAACUCCCGAGAUCAAGGCCUUCGAAAAACACAUUCCUCCUGAUGUGGACAUUGUUUCCUGUCACUCUUUACAUGGUCCAACGGUUGAUCCUGCUGGGCAGCCCUUGGUUAUCAUAAGGCACAGGGCAUCGGACAGAAGUUUCAAGCUUGUGGAGGAUAUUCUCUCCUGCUUUCGUUCCAAGCUGGUUCACUUGAGUGCGGAGGAGCAUGACAGAAUCACAGCAGACACACAAGCAGUCACACACGCGGCGUUCCUCAGCAUGGGGACGGCCUGGGCAGCAAAUAACCAAUUCCCUUGGGAGGUAACCCGCUGGCAAGGCGGUAUAGAAAACAUCAAGAUAAACCUCACUUUAAGAAUCUACAGCAAUAAGUGGCACGUGUAUGCAGGUUUAGCGAUUCUCAAUCCUGCCGCCCAAAAGCAGAUACGGCAAUACGCAGCCUCGGCCACGGAGCUCUUCAAGCUAAUCUUGCAAGGCAAGAAGGAAGAACUGUCUAGAAGGAUACGCUCCGCUGGAGAAUUCGUUUUCGGGAAGCAAAAGGAUCAGGAGCUUCUGUUACGGGAUGAUAUCCUGGAUAAGUUUAGUCUCAGUGGGGUGCCUCUGCAUGAACGAAAGCCGAACAGCCACUUGAGUCUGCUGGCAAUGGUGGAUUGCUGGCACAAGUGCAAUAUUGUGCCAUACGACCAUAUUAUUUGCUCUACACCUUUAUUCCGGCUCUGGCUCGGAGCAACAGAAUAUCUCUUCCGCCAGCCCGAUCUUCUCGACGAUUGCAUCCGUUUCGCCAUAGAGGAUGAAACAUUUCGUUCCGACGAUCUAGAAUUUACUUUUGCGGCCAGGGGCUGGAGUGACGCUGUGAGUUUCGGUGACUUCGAUACAUAUAGAAAGCGCUUCGAAAUGCCCCAAGAAUACUUUGCACCACGCUUCGCGGAUGCGACGAAGGUGGGGAACCAGAUGAUUAGCACUAUUCUGGAGCGGACCAAGGAUAUAGAAAAGGCGAAGGAGUAG